AUGUUUAAUCCUCUACCCGAUAAACAAAUUCCAAAUUAUUUUGAAGGAGAAAUUAACGAAAAUAAAUGGAAACAAAUGUUUAUUGCACCAGAGAAGAGAAGUGAUGCUGAAAGAAUUUUUGGAAUUUUUAUUUCUUACAGUCUUUAUUUUGUCCAACCCUCACAAUUUGUUGUUCCAAUUCACGUAACAGUUCCUCAAAUGGAUGAUUUAAAUGAAUAUAUGGAAACUGUUUUGUUACCUGAUGAACAAUUUGAUGCUCUUUUUUGUUUAUUUCGUUUAUCAAAUUUAAAUGCUUUUGCUAUUUAUCCUUGUGAUGGAACGUUCAAUCCUUUGUUACACAGACAUUUUCGUUUGCGUUUUGAUCCGGACAAUUUUGAAUUUGAACAGCGAAAGCUUAUGAAUAUGGAUAAUUUUCCUCAUCUUCGUGCAUUAAUUGACAGUCCUUUUUUCAAGGAAGCAGAGAAUUUACAUGAACGUUAUGCUAAAGGUAAACAAGAUAUAGUCAAUCAAGCAUCUGGUAGUGGAAGUGAAGUAUUGCCACAAAAUGCACUUACACAAAGGGAUGGUCCACGCACUUUGGUUACAAAACUUUUAAAUAAAGUUGAACGUUCAUUUGCUGCUGACAACGCUAUUUUGGACAGUACAAAAUCUAAUAAUAAUAACAGUUCUCCACCAAAAUCUAAAAGAUCUAAACUUCAACAUAAUUCAAAGCCUUUAUCUUCUUCAAUUAGUUUUGUUGAUUUUAAAUAAAUAUAUAUAUUUGGACAAAGAAUAUA